AUUCCCUCUCUUUUUCUGCAUUCCCAAAAUCCCUCCCUUUUUUGAAUUUCUGCUCCUCUAGGCCAAAAGCGCCCAAAAGUCUGUCUAUCAAUUCCUUGUUUCUCUCACACAAACUCGACUCAACAGUUGGUUGUGAAGUUUCUCUCUUUUCUUCCCCUUUAUUAAUAAUUUAGUGCUCGAUGGGCGGUGGUGGAUGGAGGGUUGUUGGCUGCAGAUAUCUAUCCUUUCCAACUAUAGCAAUAUGAAAUGAAAAUCUGCUACUUGUCAAAAUUUAACAAUGCCCUUUUCUCUUUUUGAUCUCAAUCAUAUCCUCAUAAGUUUCAUAAGUUUCUUGUUCUUCACUCCCGUUUUUUCUUCCUUCUCUGACUUCCAUGCGGUGAAAGUUGUAAUUAGCAUGUAAGGUACUGUUGCCGCAACAACUAUAAUGGUGUUUGUACAUUUUGCUUUCUUUCAUUUACUACUGACUUUCCUUUUCGAGCUCCUCUGAAACUCAAACUCGUGUUCAUGUAUGCUUGUCUUGAAAAUGACUGGUAGCUGAGGCAUUGAUGAAUGUGUUGUACUCAUCACGUGUUAACAGGUUGGCACGGUUUAUUUCUUAUGAUCUUUCUUUGCUGUUUCUUUUUGGGAUUUUCAUUGUGGACAAAGAUCCUCUCCCAGUCCCAGAUUCCCAGUAUAAUAAUUCCAGUCUUUCAUCCUUCAUUGAAGUAAGCCUCGAGUAUUAAUGAAACUUGUUUGUGCAUGGAUUAAUCCUCGUCGUACAGUGACCAAGCUAACUGGGAGAUCUUAGGAUGUGUAUCUUCUGAUAAAAGCCACAAGCCAAGCUCACAAGAUGUGCGACUCUCCUGCCACUGGAUCUUCCUUCAGCCAGAAUGAAACCAUCUGCAGAACUUUGACUUCUGGUACAACAUGUGGCAACUCAGGAACUCGAUUACAUCCUGUGAAUGAACAUUCGUGUUGUGAUUCUACAUUACAGGUCAGCAAUAUUGCAGAAGGUACUAGUAGCUCAGGUUCAAGUACCACUUGCACUACUUUUCAUCCUUACAGAAUCCAGCUUGAGAAAGAUGUGCAAAGGUUAGAACAACAGUUGCAAGCGGAGAUGGACAUGCAUGUGAUACUGGAAAAUGCAAUUGAGGAAAGCUCAGUGAAAUUUUCUUGCGCAUCAUGCCUUCCACACCAAGCUCAGGAGCUCCUUUCCACUAUUGCCAUACUGGAAGUCACAGUUACAGAGCUUGAACAAAAAAUUGUCUCGUUACAUUUCCAGCUUAGUCAAGAGAAAAAUGAGCGGCGGCUUGCGGAAUAUCGACUGAAGCAUGAAUCAUUGCCAUCAGUUUCUGAUUGCUCCUCCGACUAUACCAAAAAAAUGAUUCCUUCUUCAAGAUGUUCCAAGCAUUCUGAUUCCGAAUUGGAUGGAGAUGUUUCUGGGGACAGAAGCCUGGCAUCUACCAUUGCUAUGGAAACAUCUUGUUCAUACGUCAGCCCUGAGAAUGUAAUCAGAGCAACUUCGUUUUUGGAGAACAAGAAAGGAGUUCCGAAGGCAGGUGCCAAACUGGGUCAGCAUCUACAGCCAAAGCUAUCAAAGGGAACAACAUUGAGUGGUCUCUGGGGUCACCCUAAUAAACUUUCUGAGGAGAUGGUUAGGUGUAUGAAAAAUAUAUUCAUCUCUCUUUCGGAUUCUGCUGUGCCAUCCAUGUCAUCUGCAUUGGAGAGUCAAUCUUCACCUGUUUCUCCUCGGGGGCAUCUUUCUAAUUCAUCAUGGUGGUCAUCAUCUGAGCGCUCAAUACUAUCAUCGUGGGUCCAGAGCCCACAAGUCGAUAUCCAGAAUAACAGUGAAGUGCUGUCUCCUGAGAAUGUGUUUGAUCCCUAUAGAGUCCGUGGGAAAUUAAGCUGGGCUGACAUAGGCAACUAUGGCUUAGCAAUUGAAGUUUCUUGGAUGUCAGUUGGAAAGAAACAAUUGGAAUAUGCCUCGGGAGCAUUAAGGAAGUUCAGAGCACUCGUUGAACAAUUGGCCAAAGUUAACCCUAUUCACUUGAGCUGCAAUGAGAAGCUUUCAUUUUGGAUCAACUUGUACAAUGCACUGAUCAUGCAUGCUUACUUGGCUUAUGGAGUCCCCAAAAGUGACUUAAAGUUGUUCUCUUUGAUGCAAAAGGCUGCUUACACUGUUGGAGGCCAUUCUUUCAGUGCAGCUGCCAUUGAGUACGCGAUUCUGAAGAUGAAACCUCCUCUCCACAGACCACAAAUUGCUUUGCUUCUAGCCCUUCACAAAUUGAAGGUAUCAGAAGAACAGCGGAAAUGUGCAGUCGAUGCACACGAGCCGCUUGUUGCAUUUGCACUCAGCUGUGGAAUGUAUUCAUCUCCUGCGGUAAGAGUUUACACCGCAGGGAAUGUAAGAGAAGAGCUAGAAGAAGCUCAGCACGAUUUCAUCCGGGCCAGUGUUGGAGUCAGCAGCAGAGGGAAGCUGUUGGUGCCUAAGUUGUUGCACUGCUUUGCUAAAAGCUUUGUGGAUGAUUCCAACUUGGCUGUGUGGAUAUCUCAUUACCUGCCGCCGAACCAGGCAGCAUUUGUCGAGCAGUGCAUUUCGCAGCGGCGGCAAAGCCUGUUGGCUUCCAGGAACUGUGGAAUCUUGCCUUUCGAUUCUCGGUUCCGGUACCUGUUCUUUCCUGGCAAGGCAUGAUAGCCUUCGACGAGGGCAGGUGGUUUUUUGUGGGAGAGGGCAGUAGAAGAAGUUUCAUGCCGCCCUUGAUGGUGCCAGAUUGUGUUUUUUUGGGUCUUGACUCUUGAGUGUAAAUGCAAGUAAAUGAGAAGAGAUUGUGGUUGUAGUAAGUAAAAGGAGAAACAUAAUUAGUUAAGGUUUGUGUAAAAUGAAACAAAGGGCUAGGCUAACCGUGAAGAAAGUAUUGGAAAUAAUAAUACAAAAAUUAUAUGUAAGAGCAAACAUCCUCUUUCAAUUUUCAAGGAUCAAUGGAUUCACUGAA